AUGCCGACACUCAACGGGCAGGUGCCCCCUCCGAGAUCCCCCUUUCGCGCGAUCGGCAACAGGACACCAGCAGUGGCAAGCCCCGAGUCGACCGCCAAGUCUGGUCUGACUGCGCUCCCCAACCAGCACCGACUCUCGGCAAGCCAGAAGCUGGCAGCCAAACGAGCCAGCUCAUCCUCGCCGGGCAGGAACAGCCCGCGCUCCAACGCACACAUGUCCUCGGCGCAAGACACCAUCUCGCCGUCGUUGUCGAGCGGCAGCCUCAACAGACGAGCCGCGGUCAGCCGCCGACCAAGCAGCGCCACGGCUCCGAGCGCCUCCUCACCAUCGAGCACAGUCUCCUCUAUGUCGAGGUCCGGCUCAAGCUCCUCAGCAGGGACAGACUUCAAGUCACAGAUGAGGCAAGCACGUAGCCAGAGGUCGACCGCCACGAACGCUUCUGCGGCCAUACAGUCCUCGCCGAGCGACACCGGCUUGACCGGAGAGGACACGGAUGCGACCAGCGACCUCGAGGCCUAUGCUUCGAGCCUCGUCUCGCCGACCCACGCCAAGUCGAUUGACAGCUCCCUAGCUCGUACCGCCCCAGUGCGCUCACCCUCGCGUCCUCGAUCCCACAUGGACCUCGGCGAGACGCCCAAACGAGUCCACCUACCGAAGAAUGAAGCUCAUCCGACGCUGCCCGCCUCGGUCGGCACCGGUCUGGGCAUCUUCAACCUUGCCCCCGGCUCAGCAGGCGAGUCGUCCGAGGAUCCGUUCGCCUCGGUCAAAGGACUCAUGGCGGACCUGGGAGAUACCAUCGGCGGCAGCGCUCAGUCCUCGCCAGAGCUCGACACGCAGCCUGUCUCGCUCGACGCAGAGGGUGCCGAGUCAAAGAGAGUUCUGGCCUCUUCCCACUCGAGGAGUCAUUCGCGUUCCAGUGGGGACGGCAAGAACAAGGCAGAGUGGAAGGUCGCUCCAUCGAGCUCUCUGGUCUCGCUCGUCGGGGUCCAGACCACGGAAAGCAUCGAAGACGAGACGGCGGAGGCGGAGCCAGAGGCAGCCGCACUACCCCAGCCGCUAACGGCACAAGCAGACGAAGAUAGAGGCAACGCGCCCUCCGUCGAGCAAGAAGCCCCUAGCACCUCGUCGUCCGACAUCAAGGCCGCACAGACCCCGGACAAGCCGAAGAGAGGCGUGUGGGGCUUUCUGCGGUCUCAAAGUGUCUCCUCGACCUCGAUGGAAGCAGGAUCGGCCGCCAACACGUCUAUCGACGAGCAUUCCGUCGCCUCGCCGUCGCAACAGGCCACACCGGUCGUCGCGCAGAGUUCGACGCCGCCGCCCCAACCUGCGCAGCCUCUGAAGCGGCAGCCGACCUUUGCCAAGUUCUCGCAGCAGCUGAGCGGCUUCGCCUCGGGUUUCAAGGCGCAGAAGACCAAGCACGACCAGGUCGAGACCAACGACGACGACGAUGAGCUGCGGGUGCGCCUACCGAGACGGGCGGUGGACGAGGACAGGCUGGCCGAGCUCAUCAUCAAAUGCGCCGAGGCCAAGCACGUGCUGCGCACCGACAGCAGUGUCAGCAAGCUGCGCGAGGUGGGACUGAAGCUCGAGGAGGGCUGGAGGGAGCAGCUGGCUGAGGCCCAAUCGCUCCGAUCGCGCCUGGACGUGACGCAGGACACCGUCGAAGACCUCGAGGAUGAGAACAAGCAGCUGCGGAUUCAGCUGGGCACCCUCUCCGAGCAGAUCGUUCUGCGGGAGGAUGACCUCAGGCUGCUGCAACAGGCCAGCAAGGAGCAGCUCGAGCGCGAACGGGCGCUGUGGGAGGAAGAGGCAGAGCAGGUCAAGGCCAACGACCAGUACCAACUGGCAAAGGUGAGGCGGCUCCUCGCCGAGGAGAGGUCGCUAUCGGCCCAUCUUGAGUUCCUCCUCGCCUCAGCCGUGGCCACCCAGGAAGAACGCGUGGCCGAUCAGCAAGGUCAGCUAGGUGCCGAUGGCAUGGGCGACAUCAGCCUGGCAGACGGUGACGACGUUGGGGGAGCCUCGCUGUCGCAGUCGGGCUCGCAGUCGUCGGUCAAGGCCUUUGGAGCGAACGGCUAUCCCUCGAUGCCCUCGUUCGAGAUCCACGAUGCGGACACUUCGGAGCUCGGCGUGUCUUCGCCUCCGGUCGCAGCCGGCGCAGAUCUCUCAGAUCGCAUGACACGGCGUGUCUCGAUGCGGAGCAGCAAGAGGGGCAGCACCGAGGUCGAGGUCCUCUUCCACGUCCCCGCCUCGCCCGGCUCGUCGCGUCCGCCGACUACGCUCUUCAGCGAGCCGCCGACGUUUGGCAACUUUGCCAAGCUGGGCCUGCUCUCGCCCCUGCUGUCGUCUGCGCGCCGAAAGUCGAGGUCAUCGUCGUCGUCGUCGUCGCACGCGCGAGGCAUUGACGGAGCAGCUCCGCACUUCUUCUCGCCCUGCCCAGCGCACCGCGUCAGGGUCACGCAGUCCAGCAUGGAGGGCGUGCCGGACUCGGUGUCGAAGCUGCCGCUGCUCGAGCACAAGGUCAUCCUGGUGUUUGGCACCGAUCCCAGCUAUCUCUCGAGCAUCGUGGUCGGGAUGGUGCGGCGCGGGGCGUCUGCCGUCGCCAUCGCUUGCCCGUCCUACGCACUGGCCCAGACCGUGCUGGACGACUUGUCGGCGCCGGAUCUGAGCGUGAAGACUCUGGCUGUCGAGGCCAGCCUCGACUCGAUCGCAAGCAUCGAGGCUGCCCUGACAGCGUGCACCGUGGCCUUUGAUGGGCUCGACUGCAUCGUCAAUGCCUACCGACCGGACCUGAGCGCCGGCGCCAGCGGCAGCCUGGAGCGCGGCGAUGCCGACGUCUGCACGCUCCAGGACGUCCUCUUCCGCCUGCCCCGCGUGCUGCGCAUCCAGACGACGGCGCUGCGUGCCCUCUCGCGGCGCAGGGGCGGAGAGAUGGACGCCCUCGACGCCGACGACACGCGGACGUCGGGCACGCAGAGCAGCUAUGGCACCUCGGUGCUCAACAUCGUCUUCGAGCCGCCCGCAUGCGCCGCGCCCAACGACGAGGCGCCCAUGUUCGGAGGCAUGUACAGGCAGGCGAUGUUUGGGCUGGUCCGCGACGUCGCCGUCGCAAACGAGGGCCCAGAGGUGCGCGUCAAUGCGAUGCUGACGCGCAACGAGGCAGGUGAGACCGAGUCCGAGGACCAGGCUAUCUCGUACCUGCUCUCCGACCUCUCCGAGUUCGUCAACGGAUCCAUCUGGACGCCUUCAUCGAUCCCAGGCUCCGGUACCACCGGAUCCAGCUACAGCUGCGCCGGCCCGCCUCUGUGCGCCAUCGAGAGCCUGCGCGAUCCCAGCACCAACGCCGAGACGCGGGCGUCGCAGAUCCGCGCGCGCCUCGAGGCGGCCAAGGCCGUGUCCGACGCCGAGGUGCUCAAGGCGACGCGCGAGGAAAACGACCUCCUCGAGAGCCGGACGCACAAGCAGGACGAGCGGAUCCGCCAGCUCGAGUGCGAGCUCGCCGAGGUCCGUCAGCGCCUCCAACAGACCGAGGAGGCCGUCAGCACCCUCUUCUGA